AUGAAGAUCUCGUGGGUGAAGGAAAAGAGUAAUACAAUCAAAAUGUACAGGAAAAAGUACAGUAUCUUAAAAUGUUUUAAUACCAAGAAAGCGUUAAUCACUGAUAAUCUUUUACACCUGAUUUUGUAUUGCUAUAAAAAAACGCUACCAGAAAUCAGAGAAUUAAUGAAAAUAGUGAAAGAUCUUUAUAAUUGUAUUGGACAAGAAGUGACUAAUAUAUAUGAAACGUUCCACAUCAGAAAUAAUAUUCAUCAUCUGCUCACGCUAGCUGUAGAUAUGAAGGAAAAGUACAAUAUACCAGAAUAUUUUAAUGACAUCAAUAAUAAUAUUCAUUACCAGAAUUUAUUUUCCCCAGAUGAAAAGCUACCAAAAUGCGGGGAAUUGAACAUAGUGAAAAACUGUAGUGAACAAAUGUAUUCCCCGGUGUCAGAAAUACAAGUUGAAGAGUCUGAGAAAACCCCAAGAUCUGGUGUACUACAGACUGAACCAGCAUAUAGGCCUCAGAUUGGUAGAAGCAGAAAAGAAUACGCCGCUAUCAUGACAAUUUGUUCAUCUACGUCAUUGUGGGUUAGAUUGUGGAAGUUGAUAAUUGUAAUAUUAUUUAUCAUACCACUCAUUCAAUGUGCUACGUUUGGACCUGAUGACAGUUAUACCUGUCACUGUUUUAAUGAUGAACCAUGUCAUAAAGAAACUGGGAGAUGCAGUGAAGGUUGUGCUACUGGAUGGUCUGGUGCGUCCUGUCAGAAAGAGAAUGUAGCUUUAAAUAAAUCACCAAGUCAGGUUGAGACUAACAGAACAAAGAGAGAAUCUGGUGAUAAAACUACUAAUAAACCUGACAAAUGUUAUAACUAUAGUAAAACUGGUAAAUGGUUGGGAAUAGAUCUAGAAGAAGAUUAUCCUAUUAAACACAUCAUCAUCCAACCGGAAAAGGAUUUAGCAUCAGUGAAUGGAAUUUUACUACAUGUUACUAAAGAGAAUGGAGAACCAGAACUAUGUUAUAAAGAAGGUCUGAGUUCGACGCCACCAUUUGUUAAAAAUAUAGAGUGUAGUCAUGUUAUAUAUGGUCGUUAUGUUAAUAUCAGUAAUGAUCGUAUCAGUCAUAAUGGAAGAUAUUUAACAUUAUGUGAAGUGGAGAUAUAUGUUUGUUCUGUAGGAACGUUUGGUUCAGAUUGUAACAACUUCUGUCAUUGUUUAAAUAAUGAAAGAUGUUCAGAGACUGGUGAAUGUCCUAAUGGUUGUUCUGAUGGAUGGACAGGAACAACUUGUAGUCAAAUGUGUGAUAAUGGUACAUACGGUGCUGGAUGUUUAAAACUAUGUUCAGAUAGAAAUUGUUUAAUAGAAACAUCACCAUGUCAUCAUAUCUAUGGUAGCUGUCAAGGUGGUUGUACAGAAGGUUUUUAUGGUGAAGUUUGUGAUAUGAAAUGUUCAGAUAGAAAAUGUAAAGAUAGUAAUUUACAAUGUGAGAGUAAAACAGGAGAAUGUAUUGAUGGAUGUCAACCAGGAUACCAGUCACUAGAUUGUAUACAAGAAUGUGAUAAAGGAACAUAUGGACAAGACUGUUUGUUAAAUUGUUCAUCAAGAUUCUGUAAACUAGAAACAGAGUGUAAUAAUAUAGAUGGAGCUUGUAACUGUUCAGAUGGAUACCAAGGAAUAGAUUGUACAUUAAUUGUACGAGAAGAUAACACAGCUGUAGCACUCGUAGUUCUGUUCGUUUUAAGACGAAGGUCCCAAUCAAUGAAGAACGAACAACAAGAAGUAACAACCAUUGAGUCACUAGUUACUCUAUCAUCCAGAAACAACCAAGAUUAUCAUUCUGGUCUCAUUCCUUGA